UGGUGGAGUAGGUCUACAUUUUUUUCGAGUUUCAAUCAGUCAGGCAUACGGGCGGAUCUAUAGAAAAUACUAUAUUUCCGCGCAGAGGUUCGUGAAUGUCAUCAAAGCAGGUAUGAUGCAGUUAUGACGUUAUCUUCCUCUCUGCUGUGAGAAUGUAUGAGGUGAUGCAGGGAGACACUUCCACUCUGUCCUGGAGGGUACCCAGCCCUGGCCACAACAAUGACCCCCAAAAAAGCCCCUUCAGUGGGGAAGGAGGACCCACCAAGAUCCUCAAAGUUUGCUUCUCCACCAACAACACCCAGGGAAAGAACUUCAAGCUGGUUAAGUGUGACAGCUCCUGGAAGAUCAGGGCUAUAGUCCAGUCGAUCCUCAACAGUGGGCGACUGGGACCCAACAUCCAGCACCAGGCCUGUUACGGUCUGAUGCUGAAGCACCUCAAGUCUGACGAGCUCCACUGGCUCCACCCAGACCUGACCGUUGGUGAGGUGGAGCAGCGCUAUGAGAGCCACCACAAUGAGGCCGAGUGGAGGUAUGACCUCCGAGUCCGAUACAUUCCUGUCAACUUCCUGGAAAAGUUUAAAGAAGACAGAACCACACUGCUCUAUUUCUACCAGCAGGUGCGGAGUGACUACAUGCUGUACCACGCCAGUAAAGUCAGCGAUGGGAUGGCCCUGCAGCUGGGCUGUCUGGAGAUCAGGAGGUUUUAUAAAGACAUGAACGCCAAAGGUCUGGAGAAGAAGUCCAACUUUGAACUGCUAGAGAAAGAAGUGGGAUUGGAUCUGUUCUUCCCGAAGGAGCUUAUUGACAGCAUGAAGUCUCGUCCUCUGCGUAAGAUGAUCCAGCAGACCUUCCAGCAGUACGCUACUCUGAAGGAGGACGAAUGUAUUGUCCGCUUCUUCAAGACACUCAUAGACUUCAGCAACUUUGACGAGGAGGUCUACCCUUGUGAACUAGUGCAAGGCUGGAGCCUGUCAGUUGAGUUGGUGAUUGGUGCCAGGGGCAUUCGCCAGCGAACCCAGAAAGACUCAGCACCUGUGUGUCUAGCCGACUUCAAGCAGAUCAAGAGCAUCAAGUGUUUACCUCAGACUGACGGAAAAGCCCUCCUGACCCUGGACAUUACUGGAGCCAAACAGCCUCUGUCCAUCAACGUGACUAAGUUUGCCAUGGCAGAGAACAUGGUUGACCUGAUCGAUGGGUACUGUCGUCUGGAGCACGCCACGGAUGAGUCGUUCAUCGCCAAACCAAAUAAAGAUGCUAAUUUACGAAGUUCCCUCCCAGAACUACCCACUAAUCAAAAGGAGACAUCAGACACAUUCAGAUAUAGCAUGGAAUCUGACAUCUAUGCUGAAAUUGAUGAACAACCAAAGUCUGUGGUGAAGUAUGGAAUUGACAGACAACACAUUGUUCUUGGACGGAUCCUUGGCGAGGGUUUUUUUGGCGAAGUCUAUGAAGGAAUGUACAAGAAACCGAAUGGGGAGAGAUUGAGCGUGGCAGUGAAAACGUGUAAAGAUUGUUCUCCAGAUGUCAUGGAGAAGUUCAUGAGUGAAGCAGUGAUCAUGAAGACUCUGAACCACCCCCACAUCGUCAGUCUGAUUGGCAUCAUAGAGGAAGACCCUGUGUGGAUUGUCAUGGAGCUCUACAAGUUUGGAGAGCUUAAGAACUACCUGGCUGACAACCAGAACAAGCUGACCAACAUCACACUAGUCCUCUUCAGCCUGCAGAUCUGUAAAGCCCUGGUGUAUCUGUCAGGAAUGAACGUUGUGCACAGAGACAUUGCAGUGAGGAACGUGCUGGUGGCCUCAGCUGAUUGCGUGAAGCUCGGAGACUUUGGACUGUCCCGAUACAUCGAGGAUGAAGAGUAUUAUAAAUCUUCUGUGACUCGAUUACCUAUCAAAUGGAUGGCUCCAGAAUCCAUUAACUUCAGGCGAUUCACCACAGCUAGUGAUGUCUGGAUGUUUGCUGUGUGUAUGUGGGAGAUUCUGAGUCAGGGGCAACAGCCUUUCUUCUGGCUGGAGAACCGGGACGUCAUAAACCAGCUUGAGCAGGGAAUCAGACUGCCCAAGCCUGAUAACUGUCCCCCUGCCCUUUACUCUCUGAUGACCCGCUGCUGGUCGUACGACCCCCGUGACCGACCCACCUUCACAGAGCUGGUUGUCAAGAUCAGUGAUGUCCAUAAGAUGGAGCAGGAGCAGGAAAUUGAAAGAGGGAGGGACAGACAGAGGUCCACCAAGUUUUUUGACACCAAGAUCAACUUCAAUGAACCUCCUCCUAAGCCCUGCAGGAUGAAACCCGGGGCUCGUUUUGGGGAGGGUCUUCUCACUCAGCUGGGUGAGGUGAUGUGUGCCAGUUCCCCAGACCUGGCCAGUCCUUCUGACUACACCACCCCUGUCGACUCCAAGAGCAACACCUUGAUACUGCCCCGCAUCAUGUCUCCACGGCGACGCAGUAUGGGGGAGGCGGACUUCAUUGUGGAGCCGUCCAGUAAAGAAGACGCCCAGCGGUUGUGGCAGUUGGAGAGACAGCGCAUGGAGGAGACGAUGAACAGGCAGAAACAACAGAUGAUGGAGGAUAAUAAGUGGCUGACCCAGGAGGAGAACCUGUCUUCUGAACCAGAGAGCGGAUUGGCCCCACCUGACAAGCCCCUGCGUCCCACCGAUCCACAAGCUUUGGCUGCCCCAAAACCUCCGCCCCCCCCAAUAGCUCCGCCCGCCCCAAAACCUCCGCCCGUCCCUGCCGCCCAGGCCGCACCAACAGCAGAGCUAGACAGGUCAGAUGAUAAGGUGUAUCAGGCAGUUAUGGACCUGGUCAAGAUGGUGGUCCAGCUGAAGAACGAUGUCAACACUCUGCAGCCUGAAGAAUACAUCAACAUAGUGAAGUCUGUAGGGCUGACCCUACGGAGUCUCAUCCAUAGUGUGGAUGACAUUCUACCCAGCUUACAUCAGUCCAUUAGAACCGAGAUCGAGGGCACCCAGAAGCUGUUGAACAACGACAUGGGGGAGUUGAUCAGUAAGAUGCGCCUGGCCCAGCAGAACGCUGUCACCUCUCUGAAGGAGGAGUGUAAGAAACAGAUGCUGGCUGCUGCACACAAUCUGGCUAUCGAUGGGAAGAACCUCCUGGAUGCUGUGGACCAGGCCAGGGUGAGGGCCAACCUGGCCAAGCCCAAACCGGAGGACCUGUAGCGGGACAAAUACAGGCAGGACAUCUGCUUUGGACUGUGGAUGUUGCAGUGGAUGAUUCCCUGGGGGGUUGUUUUGUUUUGAACAAGUCAAAGCCAGCUGUGACUGAAUGGAUUAACAGUGGCUUGGAGGUUCUGUGUUUGGAAUGAGUGUCUUCAGUCUGUCAGGAUCAGUCUGUCAAACGGCCAGAAAAGGUGGUUGUCGUCAGUGUGAUGUCUUUGUUUAAUCUCAGUGCCUUGAAUUCAGGAAAUACAUUUCAUAUAGUAAUACGCUCUCUGUGUGCUUAGACUCAAGAUCCAGGUGAAUUUUAUUAUAGUAUUUUAGCUUCUAUUUAGUGAAAGUGGCCAGAUCAAAUGAAUGUUUCAAAUGUAAUGUUAUAUUAUGGAAUGUGUAUACUUCUUCCUAGACAUGAAAAAAUCCAAGUUUGAGUUAUGAAUGUCAAAGGACAGUAUUUACUCUGGAAAUGUAAAACAUGUUUAUUGUAGCCUCAGCAUCUGUUGACAUGGUAACAGUGAUGUGUAUUAUCAUAAGUAAACACAAUGGAACUGUG